AUGAUGAGUUGUAAACAUCCAUUUGACUUCUUCAGUCCAUUCGGGUGUAUCAGAGUUUCUGGCAUCUGGAAUUUCUGGAACACUCAGUACACUUCAGAAUCAUCUGACCAGGAGACUUUGAUGAAAAAAACCUUCCGUGAGCUAGUGAUCUAUCUUGUGUUUCUGAUUUUUGUUUGUAUCAUUGCCUUUGGAAUGGCAUCAACAAACAUGUAUUACUACACAAAAGUCAUGAUGGACCUGUUCUUAGAUUCUGAAUCAGAAAAUCAUGUCAGCUUUCGCACAGUUGCCAGCGCUGAGGAUUUUUGGAAGUUUGCAGAAGAACCUCUACUGGAUGGUCUGUACUGGGACAAGUGGUACAACGGUGAUCCGCUGCCUCCCAACACAGCUGGAUACAUUUACUAUGAGAACAGGCUCCUGGGGGUGCCCCGACUCCGCCAGCUCCGAGUGAGCACCAACUCAUGCACUGUUAACGAAGAGUUUGAAACAUUCAUCUCUGACUGCUAUGCAAUGUACAGUGAGCAAAAUGAAGAUAGGAAUCCAUUUGGCCGAAAUGUGCAGGACCCAAAUGAGACCGCGUGGGUGUAUCAAACACAAACAGAACUGGAAGGCUUUUCCUACUGGGGAAAGAUAAACGCCUACAGUGGUGGAGGCUUUGUGAAAGACCUGGACCUGGCCAAGCUGCGGUCCCAAGAGUACAUUACCUACCUGAAGAACAGUCUGUGGAUACAGAGGGGAGCCAGGGCGCUGUUUGUUAGUUUCACUGUCUACAAUGCCAACAUCAACUUAUUCUGUGUUAUCACACUGCUUGUAGAGUUCCCAGCGACUGGGGGUGCCAUUCCAUCCUGGUCAUUUAAUACUGUCAAGCUGAUCCGGUACGUGACCACGUUUGAUCAUUUCAUCAUGGCUUGUGAGAUCAUCUUUGUGAUUUUCAUUGCAUACUACACGGUGGAAGAAAUCAUAGAGAUUCACGUGACGGGCAUCAAAUACUUUGCAAACUUGUGGAAUAUACUGGACGUGGGUCUAGUUAUCAUCUCCAUCAUGUGUAUCAUCUUCAACAUUUACCGCACAUCGACUAUCGAGGCCAAAUUAAAUGACCUGCUGAAAGAUCCCUUAAAAUAUGCAAAUUUUGAGAACCUUGGAUUCUGGGAAAUGCGCUUUAAUAAUACAGUGGCGGUGACCGUUUUCUUUGCAUGGGUUAAAAUCUUCAAAUACAUCAGCUUCAACAAGACCAUGACCCAGCUGUCAACCACAUUGAGCCGCUGUGCCAAAGACUUGCUUGGUUUCUUCAUCAUGUUCUUUAUUGUGUUCCUGGCAUUUACCCAGCUGGGUUACCUCUUGUUUGGCACUCAGGUCCAGGACUUCAGUACUUUCAUGAACUCUUUUUUUACUCUGUUUCGAAUCAUAUUGGGGGAUUUCAACUUUUACCAGCUGGAACAAGCCAACCGUAUCUUGGGGCCAAUCUUCUUCAUGCUGUUUGUGUUCUUUGUCUUCUUUGUGCUCAUCAACAUGUUCCUGGCCAUCAUCAACGACACCUACUCUGAAGUCAAGUCAGACAUGGCCAAGCAGACUGAUCUGUUUAUAAUGUCCGACUACCUCAAACAGGGCUAUGGUAAAAUCUGGGACAAACUAGGAACGAAGCGUGAACAGCUGGAAGACUAUGAGAAAAUUCUCAGCACCGGCAAGAAGAUGCAUUUUAAUGAUUGGAAGAAACAACUCCUGGAGCAGAACUUCAAUGAAGAAGAAAUAGAGGAAGUGUUUGCCAAGUAUGACAUUGAUGGAGAUCGAUAUCUAGACCCACCAGAGCAGCAGAAAAUGUUGGCAGAACUCCAGAAGCUGAAAACUGAUCUGGAUGCAACCAAGAAAGCUGAUGCCAAUAACUUUGAUGACAUGCUGCGCGAUGAGGACAGUGACGCUGAAAUUGAGGGAGGAGGAGACAUAGUUCACUCUAAUGAGUUCCUGGUUCUGACCCGCCGAGUUGAUCGCCUGGAGAGCACACUGAUUGGGAUUGUUGGCAACAUCGAGUCA